AUGGAGAAGGCCAUAGGAAAGCAAAUCAAGGACAGCAACGUCAAGUUGAGAGACUCCGUCAUCCGCCUUCUGGUAGCCUGCGCUGGCAUGGACGCAACGUCCAUCGACCUCACGAUCGAGGAAGCCUGCGCGGAAGCAGGUGUUCCCGACAGACUCCGCGACGAGCUGCGGAAUGGCGUCCGCAGCAACCUGCGAAAGAGCAAGUCCCCUUUUAUGAAGGAGAUCAAGCCAGGCUCCAUGGCGACGCUCUGCGACGACUCCCUGGCACACUUCGGCUACUGGAAGGGCAACCUCGUGCGCGUGGUGCAGGAAGAUGCUGACGACUACUUUCUUGUUGAAGUUCGCCUUGGCUGGCCCGGGCCCUGCUAUCUGCGCGUGCACAGGAAGUCUCUGAAGCCAAAGGACCAGCAGUCCAAGAAAAAGAAGAAGGCAAAGCAGGAUGAUGUCGGCUGCUCCGGAUUCCCCCCUGGCCUAUUGCCCCAGCCGGGCGAUGCCAGCCCGGAGGAGGACGCCCCCGGCAGCAGCAGCUCAGAAGAGGGAAGUCCUGACACCCAUGCCGAGGACAUCGCGGGGCUUCCCUCGGCCGAAGCGACAGGGAGCUCUGACCAGGAGAACGAGGAGGAUGAUGUGUGCGCCUGGUGGCUCAUGGGAGUCAAGAACACCUUCAUCAACGUGCAAGUGGACGCUGGAUCUGAAGCCAGCAAGGACUGGGGCCGGGCCUCCCACGCCAAGACCGAGCCCGCGUGCGGGCACCAACGUCUGACCCACCAGGCCAAGUUCAUCCGCACAAAGGUGAAUAUGUUGCUGCAGCAACUCGAUCAAGUCGACAGGGAGCUGAUCAUCGACUUCGUGAACGACAUAACAACCUCACUGGAGCAGGUGGGAGAGGAAGACCACGAGCUUCAUGAGGUAAAGCAGCGCGCGGUCAGCGCGCUCAGCACCGUUCUCGGCAGGCUGACCACCUCCGAGGAGCGAAAGCAGGUCAUGUGGGAUCUCUGCGCCCUGCGCGGCACCGCCUUUCCCUCGAUGGAUCUCAGCCCAGAGGCCGAGCUCCAGGCUGAGGUCUGGGCUGAGUACCUGGCCUGGAUGGACGACCACGGCUGGAUCAAGUUCCCACGACCGGAGCAAGUGGUCCGAGACACUAUUGACAUGAGCUCCAAGGCCCUGGGCCGCGAUCCUGAGAGCGCCAAGCGCAUCACGGUGUCCGUGACGAAGGCGACGGUGAAGCUGAUCUGCAACUUCGCCCCAAGCUUCUCGGACGACUUCGUGAAGCACGUCGGGGCCUGGCUCUUGAAGCAGAUGGGAGAGCUCUACCGAGAGCAGUGGAGCGUGGUGCAGGAGCAUGGUGUCCGUGGCUUCUGCGCCUUAUUCCGCUACAAGGAGCAUCGCGAGAUCUUCGGUGUCCCGCUUGCUGACGAACAGAGCCGGGUGGGCGAGUGCUUCCGGGAAGACGUCGAGAAGCUCGUCAAGGAGAUGGAGAUCGUGCAGCAGGAAGGGCCUGAGGAGCACAGCUUCGACCAGAUCACCAGGCUCCUGGUGUACACGCACCCGCUGGUCGAGAUCAUGCAGCGCGUAGGCAGUCGGGACCAGAAGCUCAAGUUCACAUUGAUGGAGAUUUUCGCCUUCUUCUGCCUCCAAAAGCCUGAGCGCAUCCUCAGAGAUCUUCAGUCCCUUGGCAAGGCCAAGUGUCUGGAUGAGAUGCAUGCCAUGGCCGGCGAGGACGUCGUCGGCUGGUCGGAGCAGAUCUUCGCUUUUCUCGAGGACCAGACACUGUGGCCUCAGAAGAUACAGCAGACCAACAAGCAAUGGUUCCUGGGCUCGUGGAUCGUUUCAAGCCUCUUCGGGCCGAAGGUCGUCGCCACCUUCGCUGGCCAGGACCCCACGCACCAACGCCUGUUGGCCGAGGACUCGAUGUGCUAUCACAUCUCGCGCGGUCUGCAGCAGUGGCAUCAGCAGGCAAGGGCCUACUGCACCUGGGACGUGCGGAAGUUCGUCGUGCAACAGUAUCUGGCACAGUCCAAGCAGCUGACGAAGGACAACUGCGACUACUUGGGCAGGGCAUGCAACUGGAGUGCCUUCGUCCGUAUCAUCGGGGAGUUCCUGUGCGGGUGUGCUUGGCCGGAGCAUGGCGCGCCCCAGAACCACCGUCAUGAGCAGAGUUUCCUGCGAGAGGUGGACAGCGAGCUUGAGCGCGUGCUGUCCAUCUUCAAGGACAACGGCAAACUGCAGGACCGCCUCUGGGGUCCCUUUUGGAGGGAGGCCUUCAUCUCCCUGCAGCAAUUCUACAGCCAGACAGGCCUGAGGCAUUCCUGGUGCUACUUCGUGCAGGAGGCAGCGAAGGAGUUGGAUGACUGCGUGACAGAGUACAUGAAGGACAUUUCUGAGCACAAGCACGCGCUGGACUGUGCGAAGGAGCUCGUGGAGAAGGAGCCAGACCACUGGACCCAGGUCGAUGAGGACCACGGCUACCAUGAGCACUACAGCUGGUGA